UCGGCCCGCUCGCUCCGCCAUGUCGCCGCCGUGUCCGUCUCCGUCUCCGUCUCCGUGUCCGCUGCUGCCCGUCGCCCUCGCCCUCGCCGCCAUCACCCUCCUCCGCCUCGCACACCCCGCCGCCGCCGUCUCCUUCCAUCUCCCCGCCAACGCCAGGAAGUGUCUGCGCGAGGAGAUCCACAAGGACGUCCUGGUGACCGGAGAGUACGAGCUGAGUGAACAGCCCGGCGGCCGCACCGACCUCAAGGUGACGGACUCCUCCGGCCACAUUCUCUACUCCAAAGAGCAGGCCAGCAAAGGCAAGUUUGCCUUCACCACCGACGACUAUGACAUGUUUGAGAUCUGCUUCGAGAACCGGCUACCCGCGGGGCACUUCCGGGGCCCGGACCAGCAGAUCGUUCUCAACACCAAACACGGAGUGGAGGCCAAAAACUAUGAAGACGUUGCGAAGGCGGAGAAGCUGAAACCUCUGGAGGUGGAGCUGCGGCGGCUGGAGGACCUGUCGGAGGCGAUCGUCAACGACUUUGCCUACAUGAAGCAGCGGGAGGAAGAGAUGAGGGACACAAACGAAUCGACAAGUGCCCGUGUCCUGUAUUUCAGCAUCUUCUCCAUGUGCUGUCUGGUCGGCCUGGCCACUUGGCAAGUCUUCUAUCUCCGUCGCUUCUUUAAAGCCAAGAAGCUAAUUGAAUAACGGUGAUCAGAGCUGCGUGUGUGAGUGCGUGCGUGUUCAGCAGUGUAUGUCUGACUUGGGGGGGGGGCAGAGAUGAAUGAUAACGUACCAUUGUUUCUUCGUAUUAAAUGCAGUGCUUUAAGUAUUUGAUCCAGGGGUUGUAUUUUUAAUCUGCAGCACUGCGGUCGAUAAUUGACCUGUGGUCAUGGCUAGAAGCCUAUCUAAAUCAUUUGGGCAAACAUAUAAACCUCCCCCAUCGGGAAGAUGUGCUUCAGCUUGAGAAGGAGGCACAGAGUGCUGGAGCAGCUCGUUUGGGUCGGGCAGCAUCUCUGGAGAGGGCACCUGAAGAAAGAUCCCGACACGGUGGCGCAGCGGUAGAGUUGCUGCCUCAACAGCGCCAGAGACCCGGGUUCAGUCCCAAUCUCUGGUGUGGAGUGUCCUCAUUCUCCGUGUGACCGCAUGGGUUUUCUCCGGGUGCUCCGGUUUCCUCCCACACUCCAAAGACGCCCAUGUCUGUAGAUUAAUUGGCUUUGGUAAGAAUUGUAAAUUGUCCCUAGUGUGUAGGAUAGUGCUGGUGUAUGGGGUGAUCGCUGGUCGGCGCGGACUCGAUGGGCCGAAGGGCCUGUUUCUGCACUGGAUCUCCAAACUAGAUUAAGGACCCGAAACGCCAGUCUGAAGAAGGGCCCUGACCCAAAACGUCAUCUAUCCAUGUUCUCCAGAGAUGCUACCUGACCCGCUGAGUUACUCCAGCACUUUGUGUCUUCUUUUGUGAACCAGCACCUGCAGUUCCUUCUUUCUAUACCUCUGUUUGUCUUGGUUCACUCUCCAGGGGAAAGUUGAGCAAUCACUAAGAUUUGUAGAAAUUCUUUUCCACCGGCUGACACAGUCAAAAACCGAGCAUGCCGGGAAAAUUAGUCAGUCGGCAUCUACAGUCGUUACAGCGACGUGCCUCAGAGUCAGAUCCCGAUCUCUGGUGCGGUCUGUGUGUGGAGUUUGCACAUUCUCCCUGACCCCGUGGGUUUCCUCUGGGUGCUCUGGUUUCCUCCCGUUUCCCACAGAAAAUAGAGGUUUGUGCAUUAAUUGGCCCUUUGUAAAUUGCCCCUUAGGGUGCAGGGAGUGAGAAAACGUGGAAUUAGUGUGAACUGGUGAUCGAUGGUUGGUGUGGGCUCGGUGGGCCAAAGGGCUUGUUUUCACGCUGUGUCAAUCAAUCAAUCAAUAACCUGCAGAAAGGGAUUUUCCUGGAUAUUUAGUUUUGUUUUAAGUUCUCCAGUUCCUCCCCAGUUUGUCCAUUUUCAUCUUCUAGAGCUACGAAUAGCUUCCAAGAUCGCUGUUGUCAUUUGACAACGGCCAAGAAAGAAAUCUGCGGAAGACUUAAUUAGAUGCGGCCCCUUGGCACAGCGGUAAGGUUGUUGCCUUACAGCGCUUGCAGUGCAGGAGAUCGGAGUACGUUCUCCCCGUGACCGCGUGGUUUUUUUCCAAGAUCUUCGGUUUCCUCCCAAGCUCCAAAGACGUACAGGUUUGUAGGUUAAUUGGCUGGGUAUAAGUGGAAAAUUGUCCCUAGUGUAUGUAUGUAGGAUAAUGUUAAUGUGCGGGGAUCGCUGGUCGGUGCAGACUCGGUGGGUCGAAGGGCCUGUUUCUGCGCUGUAUCUCUAAACUAAACAGGAAAACAAUCUUUUAAAAACGCAAAAAUAAUUUCACUUCUCACUUAAAUCGGUCACAGUGGAUCACGGCUCCUUUCCCUUGAUGUGAGAAAUACUGUUGUUUCCUCUAGAGUGAAAGAUAUUGACCUCCCUGGUCUCCAAACCUACUGAGAAUGAAGUGAUUCAUCCCAGCUUGAAUCCAGAGGGGACCAUUCAUUCCCCAGAUCCAGCUGCCUGCCUGAAGGUUAUUUCUUUGGUUGAGUUCUUAUUGUAGCCAUAGAGCUUGGGAACAGGCCCACGCUGAGAACCGAGUGUCCAUUUGCGCAAAUCCUGUUGAUGCUGAUAAUGCAUGAAUUUUAAUGGGGGCCACCGUAAAACAGUUCCAGUUUCAGGCUCGUGAGCGACUGUCUUGAGCCGGGUCUGUCCGCGGGAGCAAGGGGCACGUGCGUUACUUCCCGAGAUCCAUGCUCGUGAGCUGAAAAAAUUAAGGGGUGGGGGGUCUUAUUUCUUAUUAAAAAUUUGCACGUUACUAAAGUCAGGCUGCCCCCCUCACUCCAUCGCUUGGAAUAGUCGACUUUUCGUUGAUUUGAUGCCAGGGUUUGAGUUGGUGGAAGAGAGUGUGGGCAGGGGGGGAAAGCAAGUGGCUGGGGCUUUUACGAGCGACCAUAGUUAGGCCGUUCAACUGGGGCUCUCGCGACUGCAAUGUGUGACGAGGGGUGGGGGGGGGGGGGGGUGUCGGUCU